AUGGACAUCCACCCCUCCCACUGGCAAGCAACGCUCCUAGGCCACGCCUUCUGGCGCGACGCAGAAGCCUACAACAAACCCAUCCACGACUCCAUUGAAGCCGAAGGGAGGAGACUCCUCCACAGACGCCAGGAGCAACCAAACACCCAACUCCAAACACUGACACUGACACAACCACCAACAACCCCCAUGCCCGACAGCGAAGCAUACCGCCACCGCCGCUUCAGCAUGAGCGACGCCCUCCACCUCCACCCCUUCCACAGCACGCACCUCAGUCGACGGCGCGCACGCUCACACAUGCGCUCCGACGCCUCAGACCACACUACUACAUCCUCGCAGGAACCAAGACCACGCUCCAGCUCACGGUCCCGGUCUCUCCUCCGCCUCCCACUUACAAUCCUCCGCGGACUGAGCAACACCCGAAAACGACCCGACCACCUCCCCACCGACCUUGCCACGCCCGCAAACCCCAUCCUCGAGUUCCGCGGCGGCGACACCUGGGACCUCCUCGCGAGGGAUAGGAAGAGUCUAGGGCUGGACUUAUUCUGGCCCAUUGAGUUCCCCAACCCAGCCCUAGACUCUGGCUAUCCUAUAAAAGCAAUCUCAACCGCGUCACAACCCCAAGAACCCAAGGGCAAAGACAAGGACGAACAAGGACCAGAAACCUUCCCCCUAACAUCCCUAACCCCGCUCCUGCACUUCCGCCACCUCCGCGCCCUCAAACUAACCGGCAUGAUGCGUUCCUACCAGAAAUAUAUCUGGCAGGCAGCUUGGCUGAACCCGUACCUGGAAGAACUGGAGCUCGGCAUGGCCCUCGCCCCAAGUCUGCGCCGGCGCUAUGUGACGAGGUGGCCGUGUAUCCGGGGUGGGUGGACACUUCCUAAGGAGAGAUUCGGUGGGCCGGUUUAUUAG